GUAACCUUCGUCAGUAGACGGUGCUACAUCGUUGGCUUUGACUUAUAGAUUGAACGUGUGUCUUGUAUCGAUGUAGUCCCUUUUCUCGGAAAACUUAUUCAUCUACGUACAUUGAUGUCUAUUAUUUGGCAUAUUUACUUGAUACUGUUCGUCUCCAAUCUUGAUUGUGAAUCUUCCUUUAAUGUGGCACUGAGUGCAAGCGAUCCCGUUGGUUCAACAUUUAAUCAGAGUUUUACUUAUGGUGUGACCAAUACUGCUCCUGAUGCUUCUACUAAUUUUUCUAUUACUGCCACUGCCACCACAAAUUUGACCACUACUACUGAUGGGUUUAAUCAGUCGAAAUUCUGUCAUCAUUCAAAAUUGUUACCUCCGGAAAAUGUCACAAUCACCAAUGUCACAUCUGAUUCCUUCGAUAUUAAUUGGAAUUUACCACGUCUUUAUAAUCGGCUGAAUAAAGUUGUCUACGAAAUAUUGAUAAAUAGUCCACAAAGAUUACCAAUAAUCAUUAAAAAUGUCUCAAAUUGUUUUCAAUUGACAAAAAGGAUUGUAAAUUUAACAUCAUGUUGGUUUUAUAUUAUACAAAUCAAAACACAUGAUAUGUUAUGGAUGAAAUCAAGUGAUUGGUCAAAUCCAGUAUUUACAGCUACAUUAUUACCACAACAUGUCGUUCAAAGUCAUUUUGAAGUAGAAAAUAUGUCUCCAACUAUUCAAAAAGUGAAGUGGAGUAAAUUUACUGUGCCUAAUGAAUGUAUGGCACUUAUUCAAUUAUUACAAAUGAAUGAAAAAACCUUCAUUGAGUUAAUUACCAGUGUGGCAAUAAAUGAAACAGAAUAUACAUUCUAUAAUUUGGUACCAUCAACUCAAUAUACGUAUCAUCUGAAAGUGAUUUCACCAUUUGGUAAUUAUUUAGGGCAGCAUAUUUCAAUAACUACAAAAACUUUACCUUUGAUUCAUCUUUUAAACACAAGUAUUCAUACACCAAAACUUAUUCAGAUCUCUAAUAUUACAUCCACUUCGUUCGUGAUCAUUUGGUCAGUUGUGAAAACUAAUGGAAGUCAAUUCAAAACUUCUACUUAUGAAAUCUUGCUUAAUAGUCAAAGACAAUCAUUGUUAUUAAUAAAAAAUAUUUCGAGUGAAUUAUUUAGACAAAAAAUUGAGAAUUUAACUGCUUGCACAAUUUAUACAAUUCAAAUGAGAUUAGUAGUAAAAUUAUCUGAAACAGUAUAUAGUGAAUGGUCAAAGCCACUAACUGCGUUUACUUCAAUCUCGAACAUUUCAAAGAAAACUCUCAUAAAAAUUACAAACCUUGGCAGAAAUAUGCAACACUUGAGAUGGAUUAAAUUGAACGAUCCUAUCUUGAUGAACGAGUGUAAAUCCUAUUUAGAAUUAGUUCAAUGCAGUCAUCUAUCAUAUAAUUGUUUGACAGUCGAAUUAUCUCUGAAUGAAACUACUUUUAUAUAUUACAAUCUGAAACCAUUGACUACUUAUACAUAUAGUAUCAAUUUGAUUUCUCCAUUUGGUAAUAUCAAUGAUAUUUACACGAAGUCUACAGCCGAAACACUACCUAAUGGUCCAAAUACACCGGUCAAUCUAUCUAUCAGCCAUAUAUCACCGAACAAACUGACCUUACACUGGCAAAAUCCACCACAACAUUCAGCCUUUGAUGUUCACUGUUUUUGGGUGUACAAACGUGAAUCGAUCCAUCUGAUGAGUGGGUUGGACGAGUACAGAAUUUGUGAUGUUUCGAAUGAACUUAUUUUGACAUCACUGAUACCGGGAAGACAAUACACUUUGUAUAUGAGAUCUGAGGAUUCUGUGUAUGGAUUACAUAGUGAUGUGUCUAAUGCUAUAAGUGCAACAACCUAUCCAUCAAAACCAAAUGCACCAACUAAUCUAACUGUAACCAAUAUUUUAUCUAAUCAAUUUACUGUUAAAUGGACUGAACCAGUACAAGAUCCUGCAUUUAUAAUUAAAUAUUAUUUAAUAUAUUAUCGUCCUACUUUAAAGAUAAAUGAUCUAUUCACACAAUCUCAUAUUUUCUCUAAUCAUUGUAAUGAAUAUAUCAUCACUUCAUUAUUACCUGGUAUUAACUACACAGUAUAUAUGAAAUCGAUUGACUCAAUUUAUGGUAUAUACAGUAAUGAAUCGAUCCCAAUUACAGUGUACACAUUUCCAGAUGCUCCUAAUCCACCUAUCAACGUUACGUUUAUUGAGACUGGAUCAACACAGCUCCGUGUUGUAUGGAUGCCUCCUGAGGAGAAUUUAGCUUUCAACAUCAAUUGUUACUUGGUAUAUAUCCGUCCAACGUUUAUUGUAUUUAGCCAUUUCCAAAAAUUCAAUAUUUGUCAUUCUAACGUGUGUGACAUCAAAUCGUUAUUACCGGGAGUAAACUAUACAGUUUAUGUUGAAUCGUUUGAUUUAACAUACGGACUUCGAAGUUUGCCUUCAAAUUAUAUUACCGCUGUAACCUAUCCAGAUAGACCUAUUAAGCCAGAAAAUGUAACAGUGACCAACAUCAAACCAAAUGAAUUCACUAUUACAUGGAACGAAAUGAAACAAGAUUUAACGUUCACUAACAUUUGUUAUUCACUUUAUGUGCGACCAACUUUAAAUAUUAAUGAUAAUUUUAAUCAGUUCAAUGUUUGCAAUGGGAAAAGCGAAUUCACUGUCACUUUCUUAUUACCUAGAACAAAUUAUACGGUAUAUCUUAAGUCGUUUGAUACUAAUUAUGGUAUAUACAGUGAUGCAACGAAAUCUUUUCUAAUCUAUACAACAUAUCCAGCAUGUAUUCAACCACCAGUCAAUUUAACAUUUUCUGAAAUUGAUAUUUAUGGAUUUACUGUACAUUGGGAUCAUGCAUUAGAAGAGCAUUCAUUCGAUAAUAACAACUAUUAUUAUGUCUUCAUAAAAGCUUUGCACAAUCAUACAAACAAACCAAUGAAAUUCAAUGCUGGUCAAUCAGCCACAAGUUUUCAUAUUUUUAGUCUUUCACCGGAUACAUGGUAUAGUGUAUCUGUACAAUGCAUAGAUACUACAUACCAUAAUAGUAUCGAAUCAGAAGAGAUUUUUGUACAUACAUAUUCCGAGACUGUUGAACGUGACAGUCUUAAUCAGCUGACGAGUCUGAUCCUACAAGUUCCACCAGAACAACAAACAACUCAUAUUCAACAAGACAGUAUGAUUAUUUUGUAUUUACCGUUAUCUCGGUUAAAUUGUUUCAUUUCAACAGUUUAUGUGGUUUCACUUGUAAUAAAACCAACUAGGGAAAAUCAUCAUGAUGAAAUUAUUUGUUCUGAAGGUUGUACAAAGAAAAUGCACUACAAUGACAUUACGGAUAUUUAUUUAGUUGAGUCGACAUACAAAAAUCGCCAUAAUAAAGAAAAUGGAUCAUGGGAAGUACUUAUACAUUCACGGUUGGAAUUAAGUCAGACGCGUACACGACGUUCAAUGGCUUACCGAAUGAAUGAAAGUUAUCUAUAUUCCGAUAAAUAUUUCAUAAUCGGUGAAAAUGGUGUAUGUCCAUAUAAUUCGCAUGAAUGCAAUGGACCACUUAAACCCGCUACACAGUACAGUAUACAAUUACGUACUUACACGAAAUAUGGAUAUACCACGUCGAAAAUAAUCCAUGGACGUACACUGUCUGACACUACUAUCAUUUUGAUCACAUGUUGUAUCUUGUGGUCAUUGUUCAUAUUGGCUAUAUCCUCAUUCGGUUUAUUAUAUUAUCGUCUUAUUGAAAGAAGCACUAUCCCCAAGAAUAAUGAUAUUUAUAAUAAUAUCGCAAGGGGAAAAAUCAAUAAUAAAUCAAUAAUUAAUGAAGAUAUUUAUUCACAGAAGAUAAUGGAUCGAACCCACCUUCCAAAUUUAUGUACAUCUAUGAAAUGGCCAACACCAGUUACAACCCAUACGUUUAUGGCACAAUAUGAAAACUAUUCAAAAGAUUCAUUCGCAACACUAAAAGUACAAUAUCAAUUAAUAAUCAGUAACAGUCAAUUUCUAAUACAAUCAGAUAUGUUGAGUCAAGAAAUUGGACAAAAGAAUAUAAAUAAACGAUUAAAUCGUUUUAGUGAUAUUCUACCGUAUGAUCAAACGCGAGUGAAGUUAAAUCCACUUCAAAAAAGCAAACAGGAACACGAUUAUGUAAAUGCAAGUUUUAUUUAUGAAAUAAUACCUUGUACAAGUGUUCACACACAUCCCGUGCUAAACAGAAAUAAAAUAGAGUACAUUGCAUCACAGGCACCAUUAGAAUCAACAGUUGGUGAUUUUUGGAGAAUGAUUCUGGAUCAAAAUAUCACCAUUAUCGUUAUGCUUACAAAAUUAUAUGAAGACAAUAUAUCAAAAUGUUGUCAGUAUUGGCCAAAUGAUAUUCAUGAAUCAUUAACAUUCCAGUCAGAUUGCUUGAGAUUAGAAGUGACAUUAUUAUCUGAAGAAGAUCAUCAUAUAUACAUUUUACGUAAACUAUACAUUACUUCUGUAUACAUGUAUUCAGUAAUCGAUUUUUUUUGUAAAAGAAACUUGCUGAAAUAGUUCGUGCUGCGAAUGCCACAUCAUAAUAAACACAUAGUACUGAAUAAAGCCAUUAAUAAUGAUAAUAACUGAUAAAGUCUGGACAUAUCCAAAGUAAAGCAGUCGUCAUCAGUGGGAUUGGAUGUUCGUUUCGCUUUAUUAUGAGCCGAUGCAAGUUAGAAUUUUCAGCCAAGUGGUCUGCUGGUUAACCAUAUAAUAUGAAAGUCUUAAGUACAACCUCUGGAAGUGUCUUCACUGUCCACAAUCCAGGAAUUCCAUACACAAGAAAAACAUGAACUCAAUACACACUGACAUUUGAUAGUAUACUAAAUGAGGUCAAUCUGUAACAACUACUACCGACAAAUUUACUCCAAAUGUUUACUAUUUCCAACCACUGAACAAUAUAAAUAAGUCUAUAGUUGUAGUAGUGAACUUAAUAUAAUAAACUUGAAUCUGUGUGAUUGUUAUCUAUCGUAAAUUAUAAAUCGAGCUUCACGUAACAACUAUGUCAUAUUAUUUAAGUCUUUAGAAUCGAAUUCAACAAAGGAUUUUACCAUAGAAAGUUCGUAGUGAAAUUAAGACUAUUGCGUGCAACUAAUUGUCUCGUAUUCUACGAUCUUUCAGUAACUAUUCAAACAAAAUUAAAUCAUGCUUAUGUAGUCAUUAUUUAUUUGCAGAGUUGACUUGAUGGUGAAACAAUUUAAAUAAUAAACAAUUCUUCUUAUGAUUUUCUCCAUAAGAUUAACAAUCAGUCAAAUAACCCAGAAAAUUCCAAAUAUGUUGUACAGUUGCAUAUGACGACUUGGCCAGACUUUGAUGUACCAAAUUUAAGUGAAUUUCAAACAUUUAUGAAAGAUUACCGUGAAUUAAAGUGUGCAGAAUCACAUCGAUAUUCUCCAACUCUCGUGCAUUGCACGGCUGGUGUUGGUAGAACUGGUACGUUUAUUGUUGCUGAUUUAUUACAAAUCUAUAAAGAAUCCAAUUGUGUUUAUUAUGAUAUACCUGGUAUCAUUUUACAAAUGAGACGAUGUCGUCCAUCGAUGGUACAAAAAGUUACAUUGCGUUCUUUUGACUCACGUUAUAUACUACUUAUAUCAAUAUAAGUAGCACGCACCACAAUGUGACUGGAGUUCACAAGAUGUUCUAAUAUUGAGCUCUUGAUUGACUUACAUUUACCUUUCAAAAGAAAGCCGAAAUAAUGUUCAAACAUGCGUUUGGAAAGCGCUUGCAUUGUGUGACUUAUGCAACCUCCUUUACAUGAGCCAGUGAACUUAUAAAUACACAUUGGUGUGGCCCAAUGCGAGAGUUUGUUGUUUGACACAUUUAGGAAUUAUUUGAC